CCCACCGCACCUUGGAACUGUGUUGUCGUCGAUGGCGAUAACGCUGCGCAUUCGCGCAGGACGGUGCCGCUGGCGCAACGUGGUUGAUGUCUUCGAAGAAUGUUUCAGAAGAAUGGCGGAGCGACUGCGUGGCGAUAGUGGCGGAGCGAAGCUAUGCCCCGCAGCCCGACGACCGUCUCGUAGCGCAACCUUCCACAUGCCCUCCGGGGGGAGAGCCGUUCCGCGGUCAAUUUGACGACAAUGAAGAUGAGGCAACAUCGCUACCGACGUUUUCACCGUUGAGUCGAAGAGACCGAUCCGUGCUGUCUAUACCUGGGGUCCGACAAGCAGCUUCAGUUCGAGAGGAGGUCGCUGCGGCUCCCGGAAAGGCGGCAGUCCACUGUGAGGUCGACUUGGAGAUUGCCGAGGACCAUGGCACGGAGGAUGAGACCGUGGGCGGAGAGGGAACGCAGGGCACUCUGCAAAAGAGGAGGGGAGAUCGUCAAGACGACGUUGUCGGCUCUUUGAAGAAACAGAAGACAAAGACCCUGAAGAGUGUGGGGGAGAAACAAAAGGGAACGGGUGGAGAACAGGACCACCCGGUUAGCAAACGUCUAGCUUCGAAACAGAAGCAGCCUGCGUCGAGACCUUCCUCGCCACGGCCUGCCAUCGAUGUCGACGUUAGAUACUUCCUGGAGUACAAAGACGGAGUCAAGACAAAGCGGGAGUUCGAGAUUAGCCCUGCUCAAGUCGUCGACCUCGGGGAGUGGGAGGAUUUGUACAACCAGCGGUCCCUGGAUCCCGUCCUCGCUGAAGGGAUCAAAGAAGCGAUGCAGUUGGCGUUUAAAAACAAAGAACAGUCGUACGAGUUGCCAACCUGAAGCUGGUACCAUUGGGGCUGCAAAAACCAACUCCCGGGAACAAGGCACAAUGUCU